AGCCUGUGACAUAGAGCUGUUUAAAAAGUGAUUCGACGACCUUUGUCAUUGAUAAAGAUGUGGAGCGACGAUAAAGACUUAUGUGAUCUUUUAGCGGGCAGCUUAAUCAAUGCUGUUGGAUAUCUACCAGUUCAGAGACUGAUCAGACGAGUGAACGAUAUUCUUUCAAAGAUUACUGACUACGGGCCACAUGUUGAAGUUAUUCCAACAGGGAGUUCCUCCGAAGGUUUCCGUAUGAAUGGUACUGAUGUUGAUAGAAUGUAUGUCGAUAAAAGAACACUUGCUUCGGAACAUCCAGAAGAUAUUCCGCGCAGAUUUUGUGCUGUGAAGAUGGAGGCGUCUUUAUCAAAUCCAAAAGGGUAUGUGAAACUUGUACUGGUAAAUCCAAAUAUAUCGGGACAGAACUUGGAUGCAGCUGUAGUAAAAGAUGGCGGAAAAUUAUACCUUUCUAGUUCAGCUUACAUAUCCUCUUUCUUACAAGACAACGAAGAAACUCAUGGGCCUUGUGUCAAGAGAGUGGCAGCGCAGGGUACAGAACAGGAUGACGCGCAUUGUCUGAAAUGUUCGCACUGGCCGUCAGACGCCAUGGAAUGGUACCAUAGAAAAAGACCCCAUGGCUGGCCGGACCGUUGCCUCAUAGAAGACAUAUACAAAAAGGGGUGUCACGUGGUAGCAAUUGGUCCGAAAAUCGUUGAUCAACACGGAUACUGGACAUUUGAUCCUAUGGUAUGGAGAUUGUCUUUUUCAGUUGCCGAGAAAAGACUGGUUUAUACCUUUAAUGACACCCAAUUCCUCGUGUACGGGAUUUUCAAACUGUUGGCAAAAGAAGCUUUUCGUGAUGACCGAGGGAUAAUGUGCUCAUAUUUUAUGAAAACGUUGAUGUUCUGGACCAUCGAAGAGACCCCAAGACAUGACUGGAGAAAAGAUCGCUUGGUAUCCUGUAUUGAAAUGUGUCUCAAGCGACUAAUUGCGUGGGUGGACAAUGGCUUCUGUCCCAACUAUUUUGUAAGGGAAAAUAAUAUGUUCCAUGGAAAGUUGGACGAAGAGGCACGCGAGUCGAUGUUCAUAAAUCUGUCGGAGAUGUACGGAGAAGGCUGGAGGGGUCUACUGAGGUGUCCAUCCCUCAAACAUCUCAAAGAAGCUCUUACAGGAGCCAGAACUCAAAUACUUGAUUGUCCAUUAAGCGCUUUCGAUUCGAACGAAGAAUUCAAAACCUUAAGAGUAAAAUAUAAAAAUGAAUUUAAUUCGCUAUCAGAGGAUACAGAAGAUAAUGCUUUUUUCACUGAAUUAGAAUCGAUUGAAGCUGUAAAUCCAAACAUCGAGAGUCUAGAAACAGAAUUGAACAAUACAGCGACUUUGUUAACAAGUGAGGAGUCGCAGCUCUACCAUUUCAUGCACGAUACGGUGACCUUGUAUCAGUACAGAGUGUUACAACACAUUGCUUUAAUCGUCCUAUACAAAGGUCUGAAUGACCCUCGCAGGUGCGCUCGUUUUCGGUACCGACAAAUCAGACGAGCCCUGGGUUUAUUGGAAGAAACCUGCUCUGCCGAUAUCAGCAGAGGAAGGUUAUCUCUAGCGACGGCGUAUUACUGCAUGGGAGACUACAGUAAAGCUCUAAAAUUCAUCCGACAAUACGAAAGCACAAUUGAGAACGAUCAAGGUGUUCUUUAUAUCAGUUCGCGCUAUGCGCAUCAUACUGAGAAAGCAUACAAGAAAAAUUUCUGUAAUGGAAAUUUGACGAAAGUGGAAAAGGCAUCAAUGGGUGUCUCCUACGAUUUUGAGAUACUUCGAGCGAUGCCAGUAUAUCCAAAAGAAAUAGGACUGGAAAUACUGCUUGUGAAAAAUAACUCGGCAAGAGUGUCUAUCCCGCCACCCCCAUACGCCAUCUUUCUGAAGGCAAUGUGUUUCGCCCAAAUGUACAACGUUUGCCAAGUAAAGCUUCUGAAGAUGGAACUUUCGGAUUUUCUUUUCUCUGGCCACAAAUCUGCUCAUCUUGUGUAUCUAAUGUUGGGCGUGUGUGACGUUAAGUUAGAUCAACAUAACGAAGCAUUGCUAAAUUUUUAUCACGCAUACUGGCACAAGAAGAAGUUGACAUGGCGGGAAAGUAGCUGUGACGAGUGGGACUCCGUCCAGUCCGCGCUGUUGUACGUUGCAAUACAGCUUAGACUCCUGAUGUGAUGUACUGCUUUUGUAUCACAUGGUUUCCAAAAUAUACAGAAAUCAAAUUGCAACGGUAUCGCAUAUAACAUGUUGAUACAGACUUCCGUAUUGCAGGGUUUGGCUAAUUAAAUUGCAUCAGGUUUGCCAAAUUCCAAGCUAACAAUCUUUGUUUACUUGAUCUGGUAAAUACAGUUGGCUAUUUCAUUAAACUUUAUCUAGCAAAACUUCAAAUCUGGUCACUUGGAUAACUAGCAAUGUGUAUCAAUAUUACACAUACAGGUUGUUUGACCCACUAAUCUAAAUUCCCAUAUAUAGAUUUUUCUCCGCCCUAGUAAAAAUAGACCGCACCCUAUCGUAACAUUUGUGAACUAUGCACAUGUAAUUAUAUUGUAGAAAUAAAUAUCUUU